UCGUAAAGAUGUUAUCGGUGUUACGUAAUGUAUCGGUUAAUCAGCGGAAUAUACAUUACAUCUCAAGAAAACCUUUCAAAGAGGUUAGCAUACCCGUUCCUUGGGGGAAAAUAGCAGGAAAAUGGUGGGGUUCCACGAAAAUAAAACCAAUCAUUUGCUUACAUGGAGUACAGGAUAACUGUGGAAGUUUUGAACCACUAGUUGUUUUUUUGAACAAAAAAGAAAACUUCAGUUUUCUUGCCAUAGAUUUUCCAGGCCAUGGUUACUCUUCAAGAUUUCCUGGGGGAUUAUUUUACCAUUUUUUUACCUAUCCGAUGGUUGUAAAGAGAAUAUGUGAUUAUUUCAAAUGGCAGAAUGUUUCACUUAUGGGGCAUUCCCUUGGAGCUAUUACUUCAUUUACCUUUACUAUUUUGUAUCCUGAGAAAGUAAAAUUCCUUAUUUGCAUCGAUGCUCUACAUCCUUUCACUACAACAGUGAAUGCAGAAACUUUGAGGAAAAGCAUCGAUCUGUUGAUGAAGUAUGAUGAUAUGAAAUCUUCUGAGAAUAUGUCUGCUGCUUAUAGUUUGCAAGAAGCCAUUGAAAAAAUGUAUAAUGGUUAUGAAAAUGCCAUCAAGCUUGAACGAAUACCAAUUUUGUUAGAAAGGAAUCUUUCCCCAUCGAAAAAUUUUCCAGGCAAGUAUUAUUUUAGCAGAGAUCCCAAAUUGAAGAUGAAAGUUAUGUGUGAUUGGCCGCAAGAACAAGUAAUCAAAGAUUCUUCUCUAAUUACCCAGCCAAUUUUUGUUUGUAAAGCCCGACAUAAUAUGUACUAUGGUCCAAAAGAACAUUUCUAUAGUGUUAUGGAUGUGCUCAAGAAAAAUAGCAAAGAUUGUGAUUUCCACUAUGUUGAUGGCACCCACUAUGUACAUUUGAAUGAUCCAGAAGAUGUAGGUGCAUAUAUUCAAAAAUUUUUGGAGAAACAUUACAAAGCGGAACAGAGCAACCUGGAUGAAAACUCUUCUGUUUUUUGUGAUUCUCAUCCUGGUCUCCUGGAAAUGAUUUCCAAACAAUAAUAGAUACCUUCCAUUGAAACCAUCUAUUGUUUGAGCAUGAUUUUCGUUUUCUUUUCAAUCAUAUUAUUGUACCUUUACAGAACCUGGAUCUUUAUAUGUACUGUUUCUUAUUGUUAUGUACGUUCUGUGAUAAUUCAGGGAAAAUUAAUUCAAACCUUGUGUUGAAUUACGAUUAAUAAAGUAAAUUAUUGACUUUCCUAUUUUUUUCCAAAAAAAGUGGUGAGUGGUAGGUAGUGUAGUAAUGAUCCACCUUUACAACAACGAAGAAUUCAGCUGGAAUUAAUGUGUAUCAGAUUAGGUACCUAAUUAUUAGUAAUAAGUGAGGAACCGACCUUUGUUAUUAUAUACUUAUGAAAUAAAUAAAUGCAAGAUCUUUUUA